AUGGCUAUGCAAUACAUCAAUUACAUCAAGGCCAAGGCGCAUUUGGCGACGUCUAAACCAUCGGAGACGCCUGUGCUUUCCGAAGAAGACGAACAGUUCUUGGAUCGAAUCACUUCAGCGGAGAACCCUCCGCCCUUGCCUGCUCGGCCGGAUGUCGUAGCAUCGAUCAAGGACGCUCAGACAGCCCUUUUGGAUGGCGCUCAGAACAUCCCUCUACCAGAAACACCAAAUGAGGUUAGUCAAGAGCCUUUGAUGAUUCAGGAUGGUGCAGGAGGUGCAGAUGCCACCGAACCCACAUCCAAAUCCAAAGCCACCUGGAGCUGGCUUCGGCGUGACAGUCGUGAAAUCCGACAACAGGGACGUGAAGCCACCGCAGCUGGACUCGAUGACAUUGUGGCCAAUCUCAAAAAGGCAGACGAGGAAGAGAGCGAAGAGGUCAAGGAGGCCAAGAGAGAAGAAGAGGACAUGACCAUUGUCCUGGAAAGGCUCAACCUGGCUGCCAUCAACAAUCGUGUUUUCUCCAUUAGUGACGAAACCCAAGAACUUCUCCAGAAAUUCAACCAAGUCUUCAAAGACCUCAUCAACGGAGUGCCCACGGCUUACGAUGAUCUGGAGAAGCUUCUGAGAAAUGGUGACCGACAAUUGCAGAAGACGUUCAACUCGUUGCCUGGGUUUCUGCAGAAGCUCAUUGAGAAGUUGCCUGAGACGAUGACUAAAGGGCUUGCUCCAGAAAUCAUGGCGGCUGCGGCAGAGAGAGCUUCCAAGAGUGGUAUGAACGUGGAAAACGCUGGCAAAGCUGCUGCUGCUGCUUCGAAACUCGGGUUCAAGACACCUUCGCUCAAGGAGUUGACGGGGAAGCCUGCCGCGAUCGCGGGAAUGCUUCGCUCCAUCAUCGGCUACUUGCGAGCAAGGUUUCCGGCCUUUAUGGGAGCUAACGUGCUAUGGUCGCUGGCAUUGUUUGUGCUACUUUUCGUUUUCUGGUACUGUUACAAGAGGGGAAAGGAAACACGACUCGAGAAAGAGCGCAACCUUACGGAAGAGGAAGUGGAAAAGCUGGAUGCUGAAUUCAAAACCGAACAUGGCGACGCAAUUCCAACUACAACAGCAGAAGCGGGAGCGCCCAUCGAAGAAGUCCAGGCUGGAGUCAGAGAAGUCGAGGCUCUCAAGGCAGCAGGUCUGGAGGAAGAUGCCGUGAACGAGAAGCCAGUGGAUCCGGCCAUUGUUCCUCCGGUCACUGUCCCUUGA